GAAAAGGUUCGCCCAAGAGGUUUAUGGAUUAAAAAAUCUUACUUAUUAACCUGAACCUACUUGCGGCUCUGGCCCAUUGUCUGCAGUAUGACAAGCAUCGACGAGCUUUUCAAGAAGCCAGCUAUCCCAAGCCACAAUAAGAGGAAGUUGGAAGCCAUCCAAGACCCAAACGUCCACUACAAAUCCCCAAAACUAUCGACCAAUGGCACCGCCAGCGGGAGGCCCCAAGAUGGAGACAAUGAUGACGAUGUAGAAGCCGGGCCAUCGAGGCCUCCUGAUGGCUAUGAUGAGGACUAUGGCCCAGAUAUACCGGAUGAUGAAGAUGGGCGCUUCUUUGGUGGCGGAAUUACAAAAGACACGUCGGAGAUAUUGGACUACAUGGAGGGGCAAGAGGAUGCGAACGUUGCACCCGAGAAGAUAGAUAUAGCAUGGGUGAGGAAGCUGGCGCUCAAUUUCGAGAAGCGGAUAUCAAAGAAUGCAGAACUGAGAGUCAAGUUCGAGAACGACCCACAGAAGUUUAUGGGGUCUGAGGCGGACUUGGACGCAGACGUCAAGGCCCUCUCGUUAUUGGCAGAGCACCCCGAGCUAUACCCCGAGUUCGCCAGGCUCGGCUGCGUCAGUUCCCUCGUCAGUUUACUCGCGCACGAGAACACCGACAUCGCCAUUGACGCCAUCGAAAUCAUCAGCGAGCUCACCGACGAAGACGUCGAAGCCGAUCCCUCGCAAUGGAGCGCCGUAGUCGACGCCAUGCUCGAAUCCGGCCUCCUCGAUCUCCUCACAUCCAACCUCUCCCGCUUCGACGAAUCCCACGAUCCCGACCGCGCAGGUGUCUACCACGUUCUCAGCGUGCUCGAGAACCUCGCCUCGCAACCCACCCACGCCGAAACAAUCGGCCAAGACCCCGCAGUCCUCAAAUACCUCAUCACUCGCAUCCAGACCAAGGAGAACCCGACAACGCAGAAUAAACAAUACUCUGCCGAACUGCUUGCUAUCCUCCUUCAAUCCGCUGCCGCUACGCGCGCGCAUCUCCUCACACUUAACGGCGUCGAUACCCUACUCCAGCUGCUCGCUCCAUACCGUAAGCGCGACCCCGCGCACGGCACAGAGGAGGAGGAGUUCAUUGAGAACGUUUUUGACGCUUUGACAUGUACCGUUGAUGACGCAGCUGGGAAAUCCGCAUUCCUCGAAGCCGAGGGCGUAGAGCUGGCCCUCAUCUUGGUGAAGGAGGGCAAGAUGGCGCGGCCGCGCGCUUUGCGGAUGCUAGACCACGCCCUUGCAGGCCAAGGGGCGGAAGCAUGUGCGCGCCUCGUAGAGGGCGGAGGAUUAAAAAUCAUAUUUAGCGUCUUCAUGAAGCGGGCAGAUGGGUCGACUACGGAGCAUCUGCUUGGGAUCUUCGCGAGCAUGCUCCGGUCGUUACCGGCGGAUGAGGGGCCGCGAAUCCGGACGCUGGCGAAGUUUGUGGAGGGGGACUAUGGUAAGAUUGCGCGGCUUGUGGGGAUGAGGAGAGAGUUUGCGGGACGGGUGGGGGCGGUGGAUGAGGUGAUUAAGGAGGAGGCAAGGGGGCUGGAUGAGGAGGAGAGGGAGGAGAGGGAGGGGGAGUGGCUGUCGCGGCGGUUGGAUGCGGGGCUGUUUUGUUUGCAGACAGUGGAUGUCAUAUUGGCGUGGUUAGUGGCGGAGGAUCAGGGGGCCGAGAGGAAGAUUAAGGAGUUGUUGGCGGAGAGGGAUGAGGGGUUGAGUGUGUUGGGGGGUACGAUUAAAGAACAACUGGAUACUACGGGCGAGCUGGAGACGGAUGAGCAGAGGACAACUAAUGAUAUGCUGAAGACACUGCUGCAGUUUGUGGCGUAAGUAGCAGGUAGCCUGCACCUCAAUCCAAUAUAUAUACUAUAUUUUACAACAUCAAACAUCAGACCUAC